UUGUUUCUUUUCUCUCCCUGCUCUCUGAUUUUCUGAGUGCUCUCCCGAAACGCCGCGCGGUCUCUGCGGCGCCUCCAGACCCCACCAGCAAUGGUGCCGUGUCCCUCUGCACGUCACAGCUGGGUGUGGAGGAGUGAGUUUUGCUUUCGUUUGCCAGGCUGGAGCCCUUGGCUUUCCGCCGGGUGAAAAUUGCGGAAACACCUUUGCCGCUGGGAGCCCGUGGGCCCUGCCCUCUCCGGAGCGCUCAGCUCUCCAGGGCUUGUGAUUUCUCGCUGACUGCCUGGAGCUGCUGCCGCUGGAGUCCAUGGCGUACACCGUGACUCCCACGCCGGCGGGGCCUGUGGGCUCCCAGUACUGCGUCUGCAAGGUCGAGUUGUCCGUCAGUGGCCAAAACCUUCUGGACAGGGAUGUCACUUCCAAAUCCGACCCCUUCUGCGUCCUCUUCAUGGAAGUCAACGGGAAGUGGGUGGAGCUCGACAGGACAGAGACAGCCGUGAACAACCUCAACCCUGCUUUUGCCAAGAAGUUCAUCAUUGACUACCACUUCGAAGAAGUGCAGAAGCUUAAGUUUGCCUUGUUUGACCAGGACAAGUCGAGCAUGCAGCUGUAUGAGCAUGACUUUUUGGGCGAAUUCUCCUGCACGCUGGGCAUGAUUGUCUCCAGCAAGAAAAUAACACGGACCCUUCUUUUGGGGAAUGGCAAACCAGCUGGGAAAGGGAUGAUAACGAUAGCUGCCCAAGAGCUCUCGGAUAACAGGGUGAUUACUCUGAGCAUGGCCGGCAGGAAACUGGAUAAAAAGGACCUGUUUGGAAAGUCAGACCCCUUCUUGGAGUUUUAUAAACCAGGGGACGACGGGAAAUGGAUGCUGGUCCACAGGACAGAGGUGAUCAAGUACACGCUGGACCCCGUCUGGAAGCCGUUCACUGUGCCUUUGGUGUCACUGUGCGAUGGAGAUGUGGAGAAGCUGAUAAAGGUGAUGUGUUACGACUAUGACAGUGAUGGGGGACAUGACUUCAUUGGGGAGUUUCAGACCUCGGUGGCUAGGAUGUGUGAAGCCCAAGAUGCCUGUCCACUUGAGCUGGAAUGCAUUAACCCCAAAAAGCAAAAGAAGAAAAAGAAUUACAAGAACUCUGGGAUCAUCAUUGUCAAGUCCUGCAAAAUAACGAGAGAUUUCUCCUUCCUGGACUACAUCCUGGGAGGCUGCCAGCUGAUGUUUACUGUUGGGAUUGACUUCACAGCCUCCAACGGGAACCCACGAGACCCCUCCUCUUUGCACUAUAUCAACCCCAUGGGGACAAACGAGUACUUGUCGGCUAUCUGGGCUGUCGGCCAGAUCAUCCAGGACUACGACUCAGACAAGAUGUUUCCUGCUCUGGGAUUCGGCGCCCAGCUCCCACCAGACUGGAAGGUAUCCCAUGAGUUCGCUAUUAACUUCAAUCCCACAAACCCAUUCUGUUCAGGUGUGGAGGGCAUUGUCCAAGCGUACUCAGCCUGCCUGCCCCACAUCCGCUUCUAUGGACCCACCAACUUCUCCCCCAUCGUCAACCACGUGGCUCGCUUCGCGGCUCAGGCCACCCAACAGGAGGCUGCAUCCCAAUACUUCAUCCUCCUCAUCAUCACGGACGGGGUGAUCAGUGACAUGGACGAGACGAGACACGCCGUGGUGCAGGCGUCCAAGCUGCCCAUGUCCAUCAUCAUCGUGGGGGUGGGCAACGCCGACUUCGCCGCCAUGGAGUUCCUGGAUGGGGACAGCCGGGUCCUGCGCUCCUACACCGGCGAGGAGGCCGUGCGCGACAUCGUCCAGUUUGUGCCCUUCCGGGAUUUCCGCAAUGCCCCCAAGGAGACCCUGGCCAAAGCUGUGCUGGCAGAGCUGCCCCAGCAAGUCGUGCAGUACUUCAAGCACCAAAACCUGCCGCCCAUCAACUCGGAGCCUGCGUAGAGCUGUGCCAGGCUCUGCCCUCUGCAUGUUGCCGAAGCCCAUUGGUCCUACCAAAAGUGCAUGUUCCACAUGCUUUUAAAAGAAUACCCUCCCUGAAAUACUUUUUACUUCUUAAUUUAAUUGCUAAGUUCUUAAAAUUCAUCCCAGAGAAGCAUCUGGAUUCAUUUUGUACAGUCCCAGCCCGAGGUAACACUAAGCACCAGGCCAUGCCCUGGUCCUGCUCUGUUGAGUCCCUUUUCAGUAUUGAAUGUACUUUGUAUAAUUUCAGUGGAAGAAGAUACAAUUUUUACAGUCAAAACUUGCUUUUUCCAAGCAAUGAAAUGCUUAAUAUAUUAUUAUCAUUCAAUGAACUGGUCACUGUAUAGUUCACGUAUCUGUGUUGUACCUGUACAUCUGUCACAUUCUAUGUUCAUUUUUAUACUGUGUACAUGUUAUAUUUGUUAUACUCAGGUUAAUAAAGAAACUUGGACAUUUAAAA